AUGUCCUCGCUGACUUUCUGUGUAGACGGGCGCAAGGAGAAGGUUCUCUUCGACAAGAUCACUUCUCGCAUCGAGAAACUCAUCUACAACCUUGACCAAAACUAUGUGAACCCUGUAGAGGUUACACAGAAGGUCGUCGCCGGUGUUUACAAUGGCAUCACCACGAUGGAGCUCGAUAACCUUGCCGCCGAGACCGCCGCAUACCUUACCACCAAGCAUCCCGACUACGCGAUUCUCGCUGCUCGUAUCGCCAUCUCCAACCUACACAAGGAGACCAAGAAGAGCUUUUCCCAGGUGAUCUCGGAUCUCUAUUCUUAUGUCAACCCCAAGACGGGGCGGGCGGCUUCUCUCAUUUCCAAAGAGACCUACGACGUUGUAAUGGAGAAUGCUGCCACACUCGAUGCGGCAAUUAUCUACAACCGUGACUUCAAUUACAAAUACUUCGGCUUCAAAACCCUUGAACGCUCUUAUCUCCUGCGCAUCAAUGGCCGUGUAGUAGAACGACCCCAACACCUGAUCAUGCGGGUAGCUGUUGGAAUUCAUGGCAGGGACAUCGACCGAGUUAUGGAAACGUACGAUCUUAUGUCCAAGGGUCUAUUCACGCAUGCGACGCCAACUCUUUUCAACGCUGGAACUCCACAACCGCAACUCAGCUCAUGCUUCCUGGUUUGCAUGAAGGACGACUCGAUCGAAGGUAUCUAUGAUACCCUCAAGAACUGCGCUAUGAUCAGCAAAAGUGCUGGUGGUAUUGGCGUCAACAUCCACAACAUUCGUGCCACAGGCUCGUAUAUCGCCGGUACCAACGGUUAUUCGAACGGCAUUGUUCCUAUGCUCCGUGUGUAUGAUUCCACUGCUCGCUAUGUUGAUCAAGGAGGCAACAAGAGACCUGGUGCCAUUGCAAUCUAUAUUGAGCCAUGGCAUGCGGAUAUCUUCGAUUUCAUCGACCUCCGCAAGAACCAUGGCAAGGAACAAAUGCGAGCUCGUGAUCUUUUCCUGGCAUUAUGGGUGCCUGACCUUUUCAUGAAACGCGUCGAAGCUGGUGGCGAGUGGUCACUGUUCUGCCCCAACGAGGCCCCUGGACUGCAUGAGGUCCACAGUGCGGAGUUCGAGGCACUAUACGAGAAGUACGAAAGGGAAGGCCGUGCUCGCCAGACGAUUCCUGCUCAGAAACUCUGGUAUGCCAUUCUCGAAGCGCAGGUGGAGACCGGUGGACCCUUCAUGCUCUACAAGGACGCUUGCAACUCCAAGUCAAACCAGAAGAACCUCGGUACCAUCAAGUCGUCGAACCUUUGCACCGAGAUCAUUGAAUAUUCUUCGCCCGACGAGACCGCGGUCUGCAAUCUUGCGUCGAUCGCCCUUCCCUCGUUUGUCUCGAAUGGCCAGUAUGACUUCCAGCGGCUGCACGACAUUGCAAAGGUGGUUGCGAAGAACUUGAACCGGAUCAUUGAUGUCAACUACUAUCCCAUCCCCGAGACGCGUCGUUCCAACAUGCGUCACCGUCCUAUCGGCGUUGGCGUUCAAGGACUCGCGGAUGUCUUCAUGGCGUUGCGUAUGCCAUUCGAUUCGGCUGAAGCAAAGGAACUUAACAUCAAAAUUUUCGAGACCAUCUACCAUGGUGCGCUCGAGGCGUCUGCGGAGCUGGCUGAACGGGAUGGGCCGUACGAGACAUACCAAGGCAGUCCUGCUUCUCAAGGGCAGCUGCAAUUCGAUAUGUGGGGUGUAACACCGUCAGACUUGUGGGAGUGGGAGGGGCUGAAAGCCAAGAUUGCGCAAUACGGUCUUCGGAACUCGCUUCUCACCGCCCCGAUGCCGACUGCGUCGACCAGCCAAAUCUUGGGCAACAACGAGUGCUUCGAGCCUUACACGAGCAACAUUUACACUCGUCGUGUGUUAUCCGGCGAGUUCCAGGUGGUGAACCCAUGGCUGCUUCGCGAGCUUGUCGACCGGGGGAUCUGGAACGAGGAUAUGAAAAAUCUGCUGAUCGCUCACCGCGGCAGUGUUCAAAACAUCCCCGAAAUUCCUGACGACGUCAAGGCGAUCUACAAGACCGUUUGGGAGAUCAGCCAGAAGAGGGUGCUGGAGCUGGCGGCCGACCGGGGCGCAUUUAUUUGCCAGAGUCAGAGCUUGAACGUCCAUCUUGCAGCGCCAACCAAUGGCCAGCUGACAUCGAUGCAUUUCUACGGUUGGAAGCGGGGGCUGAAGACGGGGAUGUACUAUCUCCGGACACAACCUGCGGCGGCUGCCAUCCAGUUCACGGUUGACCAGAGCGUGUUGAACCAAGUCAAGGCUCAGAAUGCAAAGGCCAAGGAAGAAAAGACAGUUGUCGUGAGUUCACCUGCACCAACAACGACCGUUCCUCCGCUGGCUCGGGUAGCUGCCUCUUCUUCUGUGUCUUCCAUUUCUUCCCGCGACCAGUCACCUGUGCCGACAACACCGCCACGCGAGCCAGUUGAAGCUGAGCCAGUUGUUGUUGCUCCAUCGGCGGUCGAAGAUGAGGCGGCAGCGAUGAUGGCUAAAAUGGCUGAAGAAGAUCCUGAGUUCGCCGCGGCACUCAAAAAAUUAGAAGAGCGACAAUUGGAGCAAGCGCGGUUGGAGUGCGCGUUGGAAAACAAGGAAGCGUGCUUGAUGUGCUCUGGUUGA